AUGGCUGCUAUGCGUCUCUUACAUGUUAUAAUUAUUCUCUUGUUACUCCUGCUCCUGCCGGCCGCUCUUCUCCUUGUAGUUACGGAGGCACAGCUUUCCCAGGGCUUCUACAACGCCACCUGCCCCAACCUGGAGUCAUUGGUCCGGUCAGCAGUUCAGGCUAAAUUCCAACAGACUUUCGUCACUGCCCCGGCCACCCUCCGCCUCUUCUUCCACGACUGCUUCGUCCGGGGAUGUGAUGCGUCGGUGAUUCUAGCUUCUCCCACCAACGACGCCGAGAAGGAUCACCCGGACAACCUUUCACUCGCCGGCGACGGUUUCGACACCGUCAUCAAGGCGAAAGCGGCAGUCGACGCAGACCCUAGCUGCCGCAACAAAGUCUCCUGUGCCGACAUCCUUGCUCUCGCCACCCGAGAUGUUGUUUCCUUGAGCGGAGGACCGUCGUACCAAGUGGAGCUAGGUAGGAGGGAUGGGCGGAUAUCAACCAAGGCUAGCGUCCAACGCCAACUCCCCCAGCCUGGCUUCAACCUGGAUCAGCUCAUCCAAAUCUUCGCCUUCCAUUCCCUCUCCCUCACCGACAUACUCGCUCUCUCCGGGUCACAUACGCUUGGGUUCUCCCAUUGCAAACAGUUCGCCAAGAGGAUUUAUAGGUUCAACAAGACCACCACGAUUGAUCCGACCUUGAACCCGAGCUACGCGUUGCAGCUCAGGAACAUGUGUCCGCUCAAUGUGGACCCUACCGUCGUCGUCAGCAUGGAUCCCACCGGUCCUCAGACAUUCGACAACGCCUACUUCAAGAAUCUACAGCAAGGGAAAGGAUUGUUCUCAUCGGAUCAGGUCCUGUUUUCCGACCCGAGAUCUCGACCCACCGUCGACCUCUUCGCCGCAACCCAAUCCGCUUUCAACGACGCAUUUGUGGCCGCCAUCACCAAAAUGGGUCGGGUCGGAGUCCUCACGGGGAGCCAGGGUGAAAUCCGACAAGAUUGCACCCGCGUUAAUCAACUGUUCAACUAA